CAGGAAUCAAUGGAUAACAUGUUGAAUAAGAGAAUAUUAUAAGGAAAAAAGAGUCCUGUGUUAACUAUGGGUGUAUAGUUAAGGUUAUUGUAGCCGUAGAUAUUCAGUUUUGUUGCAAUCAGUACGAAAUGGAUUAUUCGAAGUUGAUUAUGUGACCCUAAAAUAAUAAGAUUACCGCAUUAAAGACGUGUUUUAGUUUCGUUGGGAGAGUGACAUCUCUAUCACAAGUCCGCGUCUUGAGAUAUAGUGACAUGUUAACCGAAAAAAUAGUUUGCUGAAUCUAUACUUCAUGAUAUGGCUGUCUUUGUGUUUUACUUGUUUUAUGCAUGGUUGUGAAAGCAUUGUAUUUGUAAAUAUUCAUUUUUUUCCUGAAUAAAAAGUUACACAUGUGAUGUUCUGGCAGUGUUUGGUGGUGCAAAGGUACCUGUGAAGGAAAGGGCAAUGUAUGCCUUCCAAACCAAGAUGCAGGCUUGAUGGGGAUGAAGUUCAUGAUUGGAAGAAAAUAACCCUUUCCUAUUUAAUACCUCGGUCUCACAAGUUCUAAAUAAAUCAUAACUUUUUGGUAUUCUCGUACGUGUGAUGCCUUUUUGCUAAAUGAAGACAGCUAGAGCAUGGCGUGGAAGCUUAAAAGACUAUAUAAUGAUGUCUGGUGUUCGACAACGACCAAAUUUUAAAGGGCCAAACUGGGUUAUUAUAUUAGUGUGCUUAGUCAGCAUAUUUUUAGUUGGGUUAUAUAUCUAUCAGCCCAGGAAUACUGCUGCCUGCUAUAUCUUUUUGUCCCGUGGCUGUUCCGAUCUUGAAAACACUCCAGCAGUUCCUUCCAGAGAAUUAACAGAUGAAGAAAACGCAGCUCGGGUGGUCUUCACGGAAAUUUUGAAAUCAUCUCCUGCUGCUCCAAAGAACGCGAAAGUCGCUUUCAUGUUUUUGACUCCUGGCCCAUUACCGUUUGAAAUGCUAUGGGACAAGUUCUUUCAAGGCCAUGAUGGUAGAUUUACUGUUUAUGUGCAUGCCUCAAGAGAACAACCGCCUCAUGUUAGUCCGUACUUCAGUGGUAGAAAUAUAAGAAGUGAAAAGGUUGAUUGGGGGAAAAUAUCAAUGGUUGAUGCAGAGAGGAGACUAUUAAUGAAUGCACUUCAAGAUCCAGAUAAUCAACAAUUUGUUUUGCUAUCUGACAGCUGUGUACCAUUGCAUAGCUUCGAUUAUGUGUACAACUACCUAAUCUUCGCAAAUCUUAGUUUCAUUGACUGUUAUGACGAUCCCGGUCCACAUGGAGCUGGUGGAAGGUAUUCAGAACAUAUGUUACCAGAAGUCGAAUUUAAGGAUUUUCGUAAGGGUUCACAGUGGUUCACUAUGACUCGGAAGCAUGCUUUAAUAAUUAUGGCUGACAGUCUUUACUACAGGAAGUUCCGGCUUUACUGCAGGCCAGGUUUCGAGGGCCGCAAUUGCUACGCUGAUGAACAUUACUUCCAAACACUUUUCUAUAUGAUUGACCCUGCUGGAAUUGCAAAUUGGUCUGUAACAUAUGUCGAUUGGUCAGAAAGAAAGUGGCACCCGAGGUCUUAUAAACCUCAAGAUAUUACUCCCAAGCUUAUUAAAAACCUCACGUCCUUUGAUACUAGCCUGCAUUUCACAAGUGAUGAAAAGAAGACCGUGUUGAAAACACCCUGCAUGUGGAAUGAAAUGAGGCGGCCCUGCUUUCUAUUUGCAAGAAAAUUUUAUCCAGAAACAUUGGAUAAUUUACUGCAGCUUUUCUCAAAUUCAACAUCAGUCUGAAGAUAACAUGAACAUUGUCAUUUAUGGAUGGAUUCACAACGGAAUCUGACCCAUUUCUUCCCAUUGAUUCCUGUAUAAUAACUUGUGGUGCUAGUCUUCACGUUGAUGAGGCUUGAUUAAGUUUUAUGGAUUUCAAUUUUGAAUCUAUUUAGAUUGUUAAAAGUUACCACCUUUCUUGAUAAUACUUAUGUUUUAAUC